AUGGUGGCUCAUUUUUUCAAGAGCUUGAUUUUACCUUACAUCCAUAAGCUUUGCAAAGGAAUGUUUACAAAGAAAUCGGGAAAUACAAACAAAAAAAAAGAGAAUCGUCAGCAGAAAAACGAUCAAGACUGUCCGACUGCUGGCCAGGCCAAACCCCCCACAAUUUCUAAUACCUUCAAAAGCACCGUAAAGAAACUUGCCCAGUGUUCGUCCACUCGCAACUUAUCCACCGAAGAAGACCCAGAUAAUAAAGAGUUUUCCCUCUCGCCAACAUUCAGUUACCGUGUCGCUAUUGCCAACGGCCUCCAAAAAAAUAUUAAUGUAACCAACGGUGAUAAUGAGGAUUUGUUACCAGAGCUGUCUUCGAUUGAAAGUUCCUACUCGGGAUCGUUGAAUGAACUAAGGAGUAGUACAGAAAACCAGGUUCAGUCAACACACACGAUGCCGGUCAGACGCAAUAGAAAGAGUUCCAGCAGCCUCGCCCCCUCUGAGGGCAGCUCUGACGGGGAGCGCACUCUACACAGCUUGAAACUAGGAGCUUUGAGAAAACUGAGGAAAUGGAAAAAGAGUCAAGAGUGUGUCUCCUCUGAUUCAGAGUUGAGCACCAUGAAGAAAACCUGGGGAAUACGAAGCAAGUCUUUGGACAGAACUGCCCGAAAUCCAAAGACGAGUACUCUGGAGCCAGGAUUCAGCUCCUCUGGCUGUAUUAGCCAAACACAUGAUGUCAUGGAAAUGAUCUUUAAGGAACUUCAGGGAAUAAGUCAGAUUGAAACAGAACUUUCUGAGCUGCGAGGGCAUGUCAAUGCUCUCAAGCACUCCAUAGAUGAGAUCUCCAGCAGCGUGGAGGUUGUGCAGAGUGAAAUUGAACAGCUACGCACAGGCUUCGUCCAGUCUCGGAGGGAAACCAGAGACAUCCAUGAUUAUAUUAAACACUUAGGUCAUAUGGGUAGCAAGGCAAGCCUGAGAUUUUUAAAUGUGCCUGAAGAGAGAUUUGAAUAUGUUGAGAGUGUGGUGUACCAAAUUCUGAUCGAUAAAAUGGGUUUUUCAGAUGCACCGAAUGCUAUUAAAAUUGAAUUUGCUCAGAGGAUAGGACAUCAAAGGGACUGCCCGAAUGCAAAGCCUCGACCUAUACUUGUGUACUUUGAUACCCCUCAACAAAGGGACUCUGUCUUAAAAAAAUCAUAUAAACUCAAAGGAACAGGCAUCGGAGUCUCUACAGAUAUUCUGACUCAUGAUAUCAGAGAAAGAAAAGAAAAAGGCAUACCAUCCUCACAGACCUAUGAAAGCAUGGAUAUCAAGUUUUCGACUCCAGAGCCCAAAAGCAAGAAGAACAAUUGGCGGUCCCCCGAUGACAGUGAUGGAGAGCUAGAAUCUGACCUCAAUAGGAACAGCUACGCUGUGCUUUCCAAGUCAGAGUUUCCAACAAAGGGAAGUAAUUCCAGAUCAAGCUCAAAAUCUCACAGUGCUAGAUCUAAGAAUAAAACAGCUAAUAGCAACAGAAUUUCAAAUAAGUCAAAUUAUGAUAAAACUUCCUCGCAAUUGCCAGAAUCAGAUAUUGUGGAAAAGCAAACCACAACCCAUUAUGCUGAUGCGACACCUCUCUGGCAUUCACAGAGUGAUUUUUUCACUGCUAAACUUAGUCGUUCUGAGUCAGAUUUUUCCAAAUUGUGUCAGUCUUACUCAGAGGAUUUUUCAGAGAAUCAGUUUUUCAUUAGAACUAAUGGAAGCUCCCUCCUGUCAUCUUCAGACCGGGAACUAUGGCAGAGGAAACAGGAGACCACACCUACCUUGUAUGACAGCCCUCAGGAUCAGCGUUUAAGUGCGAGUGUUCAGGGUGUCCAAGGGCAGAGUGAAAUUGAAAACACAGAGACGGUGGAUAGCGGAAUGAGCAAUGGCAUGGUAUGUGCCUCCGGAGACCAAAGUCAUUACAGUGAUUCUCAGCUCUCUUUGCAUGAAGAUCUUUCUCCAUGGAAGGAAUGGAAUCAAGUAGAGAAGGGACCUGACUUAGGCUUGGAUUCAUCUACCCAGGAAGCUUUUGACUAUGACACAAACAGUCUUUCCGACCAACACCUGGAUGUUUACAGUAAAGACCUAGAAUACUUGGGGAAGUGCCACAGUGACCUUCAAGAUGACUCCGAGAGCUAUGAUUUAACCCAAGAUGACAACUCAUCUCCAUGCCCUGGGUUGGAUAAUGAACCACGAGGCCAGUGGCUUGGCCAAUAUGAUUCUUAUCAAGAAUCUAAUUCUAAUGAGCUGUACCAGAAUCAAAACCAGUUGUCCAUGAUAUACCGAAGUCAAAGUGAAUUGCAAAGUGAUGAUUCAGAGUAUGCCCCACCCAAGUCAUGGCAUAGUCGAUUAAGCAUUGACCUUUCUGAUAAGACUUUCAGCUUCCCCAAGUUUGGAUCUACACAGAGGGCUAAAUCAGCCUUGGAAGUAGUAUGGAACAAAAGCACACAGAGUCUCAGUGGGUAUGAGGACAGUGGCUCCUCCUUGAUGGGGAGAUUUCGGACAUUAUCUCAAUCAACUGCGAAUGAAUCAAGUACCACCCUUGACUCUGAUGUCUACACGGAACCCUAUUACUACAAAGCAGAGGACGAGGAGGAUUAUAGUGAGCCAGUGGCUGAUAAUGAAACAGACUAUGUUGAAGUGAUGGAACAAGUCCUCGCUAAGCUGGAAAACAGGACUAGUAUUACUGAAACAGAUGAACAAAUGCAGGAAUAUGAUCACCCUUCGUAUGAAACACUUUAUGAAACCCCACAAGAUGAGGGUUAUGAGGGGCAGGCAGAUGAUGUGGUCAGUGAAGGUGGAUUGGAACCCUUGACUGAAACAUCAACUGAAAUGGAAAUAAAAGAAGAUGAAAACCAAAAUAUUCCUGAACAGCCAGUGGAAAUCACAAAGCCAAAGAGAAUUCGUCCCUCUUUCAAGGAAGCAGCUUUGAGGGCCUAUAAAAAGCAAAUGGCGGAGUUGGAAGAGAAGAUCUUGGCUGGAGAUAGCAGUUCUGUGGAUGAAAAGGCUCGAAUAGUAAGUGGCAAUGGUUUGGAUGCUUCCAAAUUCCCUGCACUCCAGGUGUGUGGUGGGGCUGGGUGGGGACUUUAUGGUAUUGACAGUAUGCCAGAUCUCCGCAGGAAAAAGACUUUGCCUAUCGUGCGAGAUGUGGCCAUGACAUUGGCUGCCCGGAAAUCUGGACUGUCCCUGGCUAUGGUGAUUAGGACUUCACUGAACAAUGAGGAACUGAAAAUGCACGUCUUCAAGAAGACCUUGCAGGCCUUGAUCUACCCCAUGUCAUCCACCACGCCACACAAUUUUGAGGUCUGGACAGCCACCACGCCCACCUACUGCUAUGAGUGUGAAGGGCUUCUCUGGGGCAUCGCUCGGCAAGGUGUGAAGUGCCUGGAGUGUGGGGUGAAGUGCCAUGAAAAGUGUCAGGACCUCCUAAACGCCGACUGUUUGCAGAGAGCUGCAGAAAAGAGUUCUAAACACGGUGCUGAAGACAAGACUCAGACCAUUAUUACAGCCAUGAAAGAAAGAAUGAAGAUCAGGGAGAAAAAUAGGCCAGAGGUAUUUGAAGUAAUUCAGGAAAUGUUUCAGAUUUCUAAAGAAGAUUUUGUGCAAUACACAAAGGCAGCCAAACAGAGUGUACUGGACGGGACGUCGAAGUGGUCAGCAAAAAUAACCAUUACAGUGGUUUCUGCACAAGGCUUACAGGCAAAGGACAAAACAGGGUCUAGUGAUCCAUACGUUACAGUUCAAGUUGGAAAGAACAAAAGAAGGACUAAAACCAUUUUUGGAAACUUGAAUCCAGUAUGGGAUGAGAAGUUUUAUUUUGAGUGUCAUAACUCCACAGAUCGAAUCAAAGUCAGAGUGUGGGAUGAAGAUGAUGACAUUAAAUCCAGAGUCAAGCAACAUUUCAAAAAGGAGUCAGAUGAUUUUCUGGGACAAACCAUUGUGGAAGUGAGGACCCUGAGUGGAGAAAUGGAUGUCUGGUACAAUCUAGAGAAACGGACAGAUAAGUCAGCUGUAUCUGGAGCCAUUCGAUUGAAAAUCAAUGUGGAAAUAAAAGGAGAAGAGAAGGUUGCUCCAUAUCAUAUACAAUACACAUGUUUACAUGAGAAUCUGUUCCAUUAUUUAACUGAAGUGAAAUCUAAUGGUGGAGUGAAAAUCCCAGAUGUCAAAGGAGAUGAAGCCUGGAAGGUUUUCUUUGAUGAUGCAGCCCAAGAAAUAGUUGAUGAGUUCGCCAUGCGCUAUGGGAUUGAAUCCAUUUAUCAAGCUAUGACGCACUUUUCAUGUCUGUCUUCUAAAUACAUGUGCCCGGGUGUCCCUGCUGUCAUGAGCACCUUGCUGGCUAAUAUAAAUGCCUUCUAUGCUCAUACCACAGUUUCGACAAAUGUACAGGUGUCUGCUUCAGAUCGGUUUGCCGCUACCAACUUUGGUAGGGAAAAAUUCAUAAAGCUACUGGACCAGCUGCAUAACUCUUUAAGGAUUGACCUGUCAAAGUAUAGGGAAAACUUUCCUGCAAGCAACAGCGAAAGGCUGCAAGACCUGAAAUCAACAGUCGACCUGCUAACAAGUAUCACCUUUUUUAGGAUGAAGGUUCUGGAACUGCAAAGUCCCCCGAAGGCCAGCAUUGUCGUAAAGGACUGUGUCAGGGCUUGCCUGGAUUCUACAUACAAGUAUAUUUUUGACAAUUGCCAUGAACUCUAUUCCCAGCUAAUAGAUCCGAGUAAAAAACAGGACAUUCCUCGGGAAGAUCAGGGACCAACUACCAAGAAUUUGGAUUUUUGGCCCCAACUUAUUACACUGAUGGUCACUAUUAUUGAUGAGGACAAAACUGCCUACACACCUGUCUUGAAUCAGUUUCCUCAAGAACUGAACAUGGGAAAAAUCAGUGCUGAAAUCAUGUGGACUCUUUUUGCUCUGGAUAUGAAAUAUGCAUUAGAAGAACACGAAAAGCAGCGGUUAUGCAAAAGUACCGAUUAUAUGAAUUUGCAUUUCAAAGUGAAAUGGUUUUAUAAUGAAUAUGUGCGCGAACUUCCUCCCUUCAAGGAUGCUGUUCCUGAAUACUCCUUGUGGUUUGAACCUUUUGUCAUGCAGUGGCUAGAUGAAAAUGAAGAUGUGUCAAUGGAGUUCCUUCAUGGGGCACUGGGAAGAGACAAAAAAGAUGGAUUCCAGCAGACGUCUGAUCAUGCCCUCUUCUCCUGCUCCGUGGUGGACGUCUUUGCUCAGCUUAAUCAGAGCUUUGAGAUUAUUAAGAAACUGGAAUGCCCUAAUCCUGAAACAUUGUCUCACUUAAUGAGAAGAUUUGCAAAGACCAUCAACAAAGUGCUGGUCCAAUACGCUGCAAUUGUAUCAAGUGAUUUCAGUUCCUAUUGUGAUAAGGAAAACGUGCCCUGUAUCUUGAUGAACAAUAUCCAACAGCUACGAGUCCAGCUGGAAAAAAUGUUUGAAUCCAUGGGAGGAAAAGAGCUAGAUCCCGAAGCCAGUAAUAUUCUAAAAGAACUUCAAGUUAAACUCAACGGGGUUCUGGAUGAGCUCAGUGUCACUUAUGGUGAAAGUUUCCAGCUGAUAAUUGAAGAGUGUAUAAAACAGAUGAGUUUUGAACUGAAUCAAAUGAGAGCAAAUGGAAAUGCCACCUCUAAUAAGAACAGUGCAGCAAUGGAUGCAGAAAUCGUGUUGAGACCGCUCAUGGAUUUUUUGGACAAAACAUUAAGUCUCUCGGCAAAAAUCUGUGAGAAGACUGUCCUGAAGCGCAUUUUGAAAGAGCUGUGGAAGCUGGUUCUUAACAAAAUAGAAAAGCAAAUUGUUCUUCCUCCUCUGACUGACCAAACAGGACCCCAGAUGAUUUUCAUUGCAGCUAAGGAUAUUGGACAAUUAUCCAAACUGAAGGAGCACAUGAUCCGAGAGGACGCCAAGGGUCUGACACCCCGACAGUGCGCUGUAAUGGAGGUGGCCUUGGCUACCAUCAAGCAAUAUUUUCAUGCAGGAGGAAAUGGCCUGAAAAAGAAUUUCUUGGAGAAAAGCCCAGAUCUUCAGUCUCUGAGAUACGCUCUGAGUCUUUACACUCAAACUACGGAUGCCUUGAUAAAGAAAUUCAUAGAUACCCAAACCUCACAGAGUCGUUCCUCCAAAGAUGCAGUGGGUCAGCUCUCUGUCCACGUGGACAUCACUACCAUCCCGGGAACAGGCGAGCACAAAGUCACUGUAAAAGUGAUUGCUAUUAAUGACUUAAACUGGCAGACCACAGCAAUGUUCCGCCCCUUCGUGGAGGUUUGUAUGCUGGGACCCAACCUUGGAGACAAGAAGAGAAAACAAGGCACGAAGACAAAAAGCAACACAUGGUCACCAAAAUACAAUGAAACCUUUCAGUUCAUUCUGAGUAAUGAAAACCGUCCAGGAGCCUACGAAAUUCAUCUCUCGGUGAAGGAUUACUGCUUUGCCCGAGAAGAUCGGAUUAUCGGAAUGACAGUCAUUCAGCUCAAGAACAUAGCAGAAAAAGGAAGCUAUGGGGCAUGGUAUCCUCUUUUGAAAAAUAUCUCUAUGGAUGAAACUGGUUUGACUAUCCUUAGAAUACUGUCCCAGAGGACUGGCGACGAUGUGGCUAAAGAAUUUGUAAGACUUAAAUCUGAAACGAGGUCUACUGAAGAGAAUGCUUGAAAUGAACCCUGCAAGGAGAACUCGUUGAGAAUUUCAUAAACUAUUAAGUCAUUACUGCAUGCAUGUGCAAAUACUCGAGAAUGUGUAUUUACCUGCGUCUCAGUGUUUCCCAAUACUCGAAUACAAUGUCUACAAGGUACCUGAGAAACCUGCUGAACUUUUAUAGCAAUUCUGGUCUUUGGGAAAUAAAUGUUCCAUGAAGUGCCAAAAUUACGAUGUAAAGUGAAACAUCAAGAAUAUCUUUGAAAAUUUUCAUUUCAUUACCCCAUUUCUCAUCCAUGAAACA